UUUGGGAUAUCUCGAGAAGGAAAGCAUAUUUUUUGAAAAGAAAAAAAACGAACCUGAGAUAGGGCCUAAAGUAUCUGUGGUAAAAAUUUGAGCUCGAUCGGACCAUUUUUUCGAGGGGUCGUAAUGUUACUGGAUGAAAACCAGAGUUUUCUAGAAAACCCAUAGAAGAACACGUCAGAAAAUUCUAUGCAAAAAUACAUCGAUUUUCUUUUUCGAUGUUCUAUCUCUGCUAUAAAUUUGAGCUCAAUCGGACAUGUACUCCGCAUUUGGCAACAAGGUGAAAAAAGAGGGGGGAGUACCCUUAAUGAUAGGACGAUUAUUGACGAACAAUCAAUUGUAUCUGAAACCACAAAAUUUGAUAGAAAAACUGUCAAUAUAUUACGAUCAAAGUUCGAACAAACAUGUUUUACUUCGCUUUCCAACACUAGUCGAAAGCACUUGAUAUUUUUUUUAAGUAGUAGUGGAAAAUAAAAGCUGAAUUUUACCUUAUUCUCGCAGGCCUGGACAAAAAAAUCGCGAUUCAGAAAAUACCUCCGGUCACUUCUUUCUCGAUCGAAUGUACACAUUAUUUUAAACUUUUCGACAUUAAACUCAACAUUAAACUUUUCGACAUUUUCGAAAUUAAUUAAAACUAAUUUAUAUUAUCGAAAUUGUUCCAGAUGUGUUACAAAAACAUUUAUUUAAAUCAAUUUGAGAGUAGAAAUUAAUUUGAAGCAAUUUAAAGCACGAAAUUAAUUCGAAUUCAUUCGAAAUAAGUUAAUUCAAACCAGUUUAGUUAAAACUAGUUUAAAUUAAUGUCUUUUCAAACUAAUUGGAACUAAUUUUAACCUAGAAAUUAAUUCCAGUUCAUUUUCAGUGCGAAAUUGAUGUAAACUAAUUUCCUACAAACGAAUUUAAAUUAAUUUGGCCUCUUAAACUGAUGUGAAGUAAUUUUUCAUCGUUUUUUGAGUCAGAAAUUAGUGUACAUUAAUUUAAAGUUAUUUAAAAGUUCCAAUGGGUAGAUAAACAUCUAAGAUACCGUUCAGUUUUAGAUGACAUCACAUCAAAACGAAAAUAUGACUCUACAUUCAAUUUCUCUCCUUUUUCUAUUGCUGAUCCAGCUUUUAGCAGUAACUGUAUCAGAAACGCCCACAGGAACUACGUCAUCAACAGCAGCUCCUAUGUUACCUGGUAUAGAGGAAAUAGCAUGUGGUUUUGAAGCAGUGAAAAUGCAAAGUACAUUGAAUCUUGGUGAAACAAAACAUCCAUUAUUUGAUUUAAGUCAACGAGAUGAAACAUAUACAUUCAGUGUGGGUAGUCAAAAGCAGACAUAUUCAACAUCUUCAUUAGUUCAAAUAACCGAUAUGAAAAUAAAAACCGAGAAGAAUGCGGAUUCAAUCUCAUCUACGUAUGAAGAGUUUUUCCAUAGGUAUAACUGA